GUCGGCGGCAGCAGCAGAAUCAAGCUAGCCUUCAGCGGCCUAUUGAAAUUCGAUAUAUCAGCAAAUUUUGGUAGAGUCCCUUCUCAUUUUCGGGAAUCGUAGCUUGCGGCUGACGCUUUCGGCUGCUCAAGAGCCUCACGUGAUUAUCGCUGACACAGACUGCGGAUACUAAGACGAUCAAAUACAAAAACACAAAUGUCAAACAUGCGGACGACAGUUCACAAGAAGUGAUCUGCGAAAGAAGCAUGAAUUGCUGCACGAACGAGGUAUCUCGAAAACACACCGUCGGUGGCCAUUCAGGAGCCAAUCAUCUGGUAACGAGUCGCCUUCGGCGACGAUGGACGCCACUUUGCCGAAGACUAUCUCCCUAGAUGGUCAGAGCAUCGCUUCAAACGUGUACGUAGAGCCUCUGCAUGAUUCUGGACAGACACAGGGUGAGCCGGCGCAGCUUGAUCAGGGCGCCAUGCUCGGCUCUUGGACCGACCCCGUAGACAUCGAUCCCUACUUUGACUACACAACAUUUGCGAGGCCUUGGAAUUAUCACCUCGAUCACACUGUCGAUACGUCUGAUUGGUUAUCGUCUCAGUUCUUUGCAGCUCUGCGUGAGACAGAUCUCGCAUACAGUCCACCUUUUCAGACAUGGACCUCCGUUAAUCAUGACACUACCGCUAUGGACAUGCUAGGUAUAUUCGAUCACAAUGUCAUUCCUUCGUCUAACUUCUCUUCGCAUGAAGUCGGUGGAUCACUAUCGAGUGUGCCUGAGCCUUCACAUGAUUUGCAAGCCGCCGCUCCUCUGAUGGACGAGCCUGCCGAAGGCCUCCUGCGUCGAACCUCUGGAGUCGCAUCACCGCCAAAUGAAUCGUCACAUGAAGAUCGCCUGCCAUUCGCAUGGGACCCACGAUCGAAGCGUAUAGCAAGGGCAAAGCCCAUCGUGCUCUCCACUGACGAUCCAAUAUUUGCCAAAAUCGACCACAAGGUCAGCGUGUCUCAGGCUACACUAUCACGUGUUGAGGAAUUCCUGCGCCCGCUACGACCCUCAAGCGGCGAGGACACGUUCAUCAUACCGGAGCUCCCUCUGGUCAAUGUGUUUAUCAGUCUGUUUUUCGAUAAUUUUACGCCUCAGGCACCGGUGCUGCACCGCCAAACCGUCAUCGUCGAAAGCCUGCCUUCAGCCCUCCUAGCAAUCAUGAUGGUCAUCGGCUCGUGCUAUAGUCGCUUACGGCAUACGCGUAGAUUCGGCAUUAUCGUCCUCGACCGCACGCGACAAAACCUGCUAUGUUCGAUAGAGGACGACAACAGCCUGAUGCGGGAACCGCUGAUCAUCUACGCAACAGCACUUGUAUGCUACAUGGGCCUUUGGUGUGGCAACAAGCGUGCAUUUGAGUUAGCGGAAGCACUCCGUCCUGUCGUGGUGACCUACAUCAGGCGCUUACCAAUGGACCACCGCCACCGGGCUCAUGAGAACUUUCAAGGACAUGCAGCCGACGCCUACGGACCUGUCAGCGCAGCAGCGGGUGUAAAUGCUUCCUUAACAUUACAGUCGCAAUGGUUGCAUUGGCGGACACAGGAAAGCCAAAAGAGACUGCGGUGGUUUGUGUACAUGAUCGACUCUCAAUUCCCAGCCAUUCUUGGCAUGAGUGGCAUGUUGACCUUCGCAGACAUACGUAAAUGGGAGUGUCCCUGUGACGAAGAGUUUUGGGCGGUAGCGACUGCAAAGUCCUGGAAGAAUCGUCUGGGAUCUGCUUCAGAGCCAUCCUGUCCCGUGUUUGGGUCAUUGACUGCAUUACUUCUCUCAGCGCCGGGCCCAUCAGCUAGCCACGACCUUCUCCCUACAGUUAACACAUGGAGCGCGAAUCUGCUCAUGACCGUGAUCAUGUCGGAGGUCUUCCAUUACCAAGAGAGGCUUGUAGUCCUCAGAACAUACCAAGAAGAUCCGCCGCUGCUGACAAGCUCUUCCCUUGGCAGCAGCCAUGCAGCAUGUCUACUCAACAUGAUAGACAUUUGGCACAGCUCGUAUAAUGAACACCAGACUGGUCGUCCUGAUACAACUUCGACCAACCUCCAGCAAUGUUCAACGAUCACCUACUACUUAGCUCGACUCUACUUGGUCUUCCCAGUCUCCGAAAUUCAAGACUGUCUCGGAAGAUCGGGGCCAGCGGACUCAAAGACCGCGAUGAUUAGACUGGGGGCAUGGAUUGACCAGUGUCCGGAACAAGCAGCGACUGUCUUGGAGGAUGCAUCGAAGUGCAUCAGCAUCAUCUUAGCCAACAAAGGCGAGAGCGGCCCUUACGAUCUGAUCGGAUUAUUUUUGUGCCACAUCGUCAUCUGGUCUUUCGCGCAUGUUGCUACACUCCAUCAGAAAGAAGUCAUGUUUCUUCAACUGCAAGGCAGUCAAAACAUCUUGCAGUCAGUGUUGGAGGUAUUUGAAGCCGGGUUCCUACGGAGAGGCAAAGUAGAUGGUACAAUCGAUGCACCACAGCUUAUUUUCAGGCACGCCAUCCAGUCUUUGGUGCAACUGGGGACCUGGGGCGCAUCUUCAAACCUAGCGUUGCUACUGUAUCUGCAUCCUGGUGUAUCUGGAUGAAAAUUACUCUCAGAUAGCUGGAAGAAUCGACAAUGAGACCUGCUGUAAACCGGCGCGGGAGAUGAUCCAGGGUCUGUACAUGCACCGUUUACUAUUUGUCAGGCUUUCUGAGAGCUACAAAGAUUUGGUGUCGAGGCCAAUAUCUUUACUACGCGAGAGCCGUUUGUGCAGAAGUCAUAUAAAUAGAAACAAACGAACGUCGGGCUCCCCCUGCCGCA